AUGCACGACCUCUGCACGACCUGGCGUGACGCUGGGCUCUUUCCCGAAAAUAUCGGCGGGAAGAACUGGCGUAAUGAGCAGUACACGAUCCACUACCACCCGUACGCUGACGUCCGACCCGAGAACGGGGCGUUCGCAAUGGAGCGCUCCGCGUGCCAGCUGUUCGGCGUGGUCACGUACGGAGUACAUAUGACUAUGUGCAAGCGUGUCAACGGGGAGCUGAGGAUUUGGGUCCCGACGAGGGCGAAGAACAAGCCUACAUGGCCGCUAUACCUCGAUAACACCGUCGCUGGUGGGAUCCCACACGGUUUCACCCCGCUGGAAUCAAUGAUAAAGGAAUGCGAAGAAGAGGCGUCCCUGCCCGCCGAGUUCGUCCGGGAGCACAUCAAGCAAGUGAGCUCCAUUACCUACUUUUACAAAGAGCGGGGAGGCUGGCUCCAGCCUGAGGUGCAGUACGUGUAUGAUAUGUUCCUCCCCGAGGGGGUGGAUGAGUCCCCCCGCCCGUCGGAUGGGGAAGUGGAGUCGUUCGAGUUGUGCUCGCUCGACGAUAUACUAGAGAAGAUGCAUGCCGGAAGAUUCAAGCCGAACUGCGGUGCAGUCAUUAUCGACUUUAUGAUACGCCAUGGGUAUUUGACCGCAGAGAACGAGCCGAACUAUCUGGAGAUCAUUACCCGCCUGCACAGCCGGGCGGAGGGGUACGGCCCAGUGAGGAAGACAUAG